UGGUGGCAUUCAGAGCUGGACUGCGUUGCUUUUCCUCUAAGGAAAGGAAAGGACAGGAAAAAAGGAGGGGGGGGGGGAGAGGCAGCAACUGGAAGAGCAUGGUAGGAUUUGAACCCAGCACCCAGGAAGACCCUCUGCAAAAAGUCUAGGAAAGGGAAGGGGAGAGGAGGGUAUUAAAAUUGCAUUUUUAAGAUGCAAUAAUAGUAAUAAUAAUAAUAAUAAUAAUGCAUUUUUAAAUGCAAAGAUUUUGCACAUUUUUAAAAAAAAAACAUUACUAGGCAGCAAGAUUAAACCUGGAGAUUAAAUGGAGAUGCCAAGCCCCCUGCAAGGAGGAAGAGCAGCAGCAGCAGCAGCAGAAGAGGAGCACCAGCUGGGAGCCCAGCAGCAAAAUGCUGAUAGUUGAAAAGACGACUGACUACCCAACGGCCGAGUACUCCUUGGUGGAGGAUGUAGCUCUCCACUUCACUUGUUUGAUGGACAGACUGAAUGAGCAGCGCCUCUUUCAACCAGACCUGUGUGACAUUGACAUUGUGCUAGUGCAACAGAAGAGUGUCUUCCCAGCCCACAAGGGUGUCCUUGCUGCCUAUAGCCCAUUUUUCCACUCACUCUUCACCCGGAACAAGCAGCUCCAGCGAGUGGAGCUUUCCCUGGAGGCCUUGACCUCCCAAGGUCUCCAGCAGAUCCUGAACUUCAUCUACACCUCCAAGCUCUUGGUCAACGUGUUGAACGUCCAAGACGUCCUGAGCACUGCGGCUGUCUUGCAGAUGAGCAACAUUGCUUCCUCUUGCCAGGAGCUCAUCAGCACCCACUCUCUCAGCUUGGCCAUGGCAAGCAAUAUGGCAUUGCCACCGGACACCUGCGGCAAAAGCGUCCCGUCUCAGUACUACUGUGACAUCAAGCAAGAGAUGGAUUCUCCUCACCCCAAGAUCUAUGCUCGGGAAGGGAAUGACCCUUAUUCAGUGAGGGUGGAGGACGGCACCACACAGGGAGGCAACCAGAACCUCUCGGCUAUAGCUGGGAAGAAGUAUUACAAGGAGGAGACAGAGGGUGGCCCUACCAUUUGCAAAAUGGAAGGUGAAGAAUCCGAGGUGGACCUGGAUGGUCAUGGUUCUUACAACCAUGGUGAACAGAUCAUUGUAGAAGUCAAUCUCAACAACCAGACCCUCAAUGUCUCGAAGGGGAUGGAGGGAAAACCCACAGGUGCCACCCAAGUGGCAACCGUUACCACAGUGAUUGAACAUCCUGAAGAGGAAGGGCAUGGUGCCAAGGAGGGUGGAGAGGAGGAAAACGGGAAAGGGGGUGAGGAUGAGGAACCUGAAGCAGAGGAGGAAGAAGAGGAGGAAGAGCACACAGAAGAGGAAGAUGUGGAAGAGACUACAGAGGAGGAAGAGGAGGAGGAAGAAGAUGAAGAGACUGAGGAAACAAUGGCUGAGAUGAAAACGGAGAAGUUGGGGGCCACUCACAAGCCCAGCAGUAAGUCAACCAAAGCCACCAAGAUGGCUGUGUCCUCCCAAUCCCAGGAGAUGGCCACCAUUGCAGUGGUGCUGGAAGAAGAGGAGGAGGAGGAGGAGGAGGAGGAAGCUGAGGAGGAAGGAGAAGACCAAAGAGGCAGGGAGAAGUUGAAGGAGCAAGACGGCCAGAAGGUCAAGCUGGAGGAGAAGCAGCACUACCCCUGCCAGAAGUGCCCACGGGUUUUCAACAACCGCUGGUAUCUGGAGAAGCACAUGAAUGUCACGCACAGCCGCAUGCAGAUCUGUGACAAGUGUGGCAAGAGGUUUCUGCUGGAGAGCGAGCUGCUGUUGCACCACCAGACGGACUGUGAGAAGAACAUCCAGUGCAUAACAUGUGGGAAAGCCUUUAAGAAGCUCUGGUCCCUCCACGAGCACAACAAGAUCGUCCAUGGCUAUGCAGAGAAGAAGUUCUCCUGUGAGAUCUGCGAUAAGAAAUUCUACACCAUGGCGCAUGUGCGGAAACACAUGGUUGCGCAUACCAAGGACAUGCCCUUCACCUGUGAAACCUGCGGGAAGUCAUUCAAGCGAAGCAUGUCGCUGAAGGUGCAUUCUCUCCAGCACUCAGGGGAGAAGCCAUUUAAAUGUGAGAACUGCAACGAGCGUUUUCAGUACAAAUACCAGCUCCGUUCCCACAUGAGCAUCCACAUCGGCCACAAGCAGUUUAUGUGCCAGUGGUGCGGCAAGGACUUCAACAUGAAGCAGUACUUUGAUGAGCACAUGAAAACGCACACAGGGGAAAAGCCAUACAUCUGUGAGAUCUGUGGGAAAAGCUUCACCAGCCGUCCCAACAUGAAGCGACACCGCCGUACCCAUACAGGAGAGAAACCCUACCCAUGUGAUGUCUGUGGCCAGCGCUUUCGAUUCUCCAACAUGCUCAAGGCCCACAAGGAGAAAUGCUUCCGGGUCAGCAACCCUCUGGCCUCAGAUCUUAGCAGCAAUAGCGACGUGAACUCCAUGGAUCUGGCAACUCCUCAGAGCACCAACUCACCUCACUUGACGGCCGGAGCUCCACUCCACUCGACGCCACAUUCCCACACACUCCCUUUGCCACUCAUGCAUGCUCAUGCUCAGAGCAUCCCCCCUCCUCCCCUCUUACCACCACCGCCUCCUCUCUUUCCAGGCAGCAGAGUGAACUUGAAUAACUAAGCCUUGCAUCAGUCUGUUGUGGGUGCACAGGAAACUGCUCUGUAAUUCAGUAAGUGCCCAGUCGGUGUCAGUCUUGAACAUUACUGACCGUUGGAAGGGAAAUCACUUAGAUUCUGGGGUGUGGUUGUUUUGAAUGGGAUUAAUGGUUUGUUUUCUGCUUGAAGGGCUGGAGGUUUUCAGCCCUGAGUGGGAGCAGCCAGAGCUCACGCGUCACCUUUCAUGUCAAAUUACGUAAGAUAAAAAACUAACGUUCUGCUCUGUUCAUCCAUGGAAGGGUGUAGACCAAGUGCUGCAACUGUUCAUUGUCCUCUAGAGAUAUCUCAAAGGUCUUGUCUAAUGGUUUCCUAACCUGUCCUGCCAAGCAUUUCAGGAAUAGAAUGGAAGGGGAAUGCAUUUCCUUUGGAGCCUGGAGGAAAGGGUUUUUUUCUGCCCGAGCUGAAAAGCUUGGAAGAGAUCAUUGUGGCUUCAUGGUUUCCCCUUGCCAAUAAGUAAUGCUAGUACCUGCUAACUUGUUAUUCCUUUGGUAAUAAGUGCAACAAAAUUAGAUUUUAAAAGCAAUGCAGUGUGUGAGAGCGGAGCUACUUUAUUGUUAUCACAGAUGGUAGUUCUUUUCAAAAGUUACUAUUAAAAAGGUAUUUUGAGAUACAAUUUCCAAAUUCUGUGGCAUUCUCUUACCAGUCCUAAGGGGGUUUAGGUCUCAAAAAAGUUGCAGAAAGGUAGUGAGCAGCGCAGG